AUGUUCUCUGAGCAGCGUCUUACCCUUUCUGGCACGUAUGCUCUGAUGGGCGCCGCCGCUUACCAGUACUACGGCGAGAGCUGCUCCGUUCUCGUCACCCACAACCUGGCCACUUCUUCCUCCGUCGCCGGAUGGAAGCUCCUCAAGUUGGGCGCGUUCGAGAUCAGCCUCUCGCAGCUGCUCUCCGCUCUAGUUGCGCUGAGCUCCUUCUCCACCAUCUCGCCGCUCGUAUUUGUGCUCGCGGAGCUCAUUAUCGACAUGGCGCAAGGGACCACGAAAGCGCGCGCAUCAGCUAUCGUGGAGCGGUGUUUGCGGACGCCGGUCCUGGGCGUGGCGUACGCGGUGUCCGUGGUGGCGUACGACGUGCUGGGCUACGUGGAGUCGCUCGUCGGCGGCGUCGCCAGCAUGUGCUCCUCCCUGCUGCUGCCAGGGGUCUUCUACUACGUGUUGCACCGGAACGAGAUGGGUUUGCGGCAACGGACUCUAGUAGCUGCGCUGGUGUGCGUAGGGGCAGCUUGUGCGGUGUUCAUCGGAGUCAUAGACGUUGAGAAGUUAAGAAGGACAAAAGCGCCUGGAUAUCUCCCACCGUCUUGA